ACAGCAGCAAAAACAGCAACCACAACAUCUACAGCCAAUCCUAAUACAACAGCAGCAAAAACAGCAACCACAACAUCUACAGCCAAUCCUAAUACAACAGCAGCAAAAACAGCAACCACAACAUCUACAGCCAAUCCUAAUACAACAGCAGCAAAAACAGCAACCACAACAUCUACAGCCAAUCCUAAAACAACAGCAGCAAAAACAACAACAACAACCACAACAACCACAACAUCUACAGCCAAUCCUAAAUCAACAGCAGCAAAAACAGCAACCACAACAUCUACAGCCAAUCCUAAAACAACAGCAGCAAAAACAACAACAACAGCCACAACAUCUACAGCCAAUCCUAAUACAACAACAGCAUCAACAGCAACCACAACAUCUACAGCCAAUCCUAAAUCAACAGCAGCAAAAACAGCAACCACAACAUCUACAGCCAAUCCUAAAACAACAGCAGCAAAAACAACAACAACAGCAACAGCAACCACAACCACAACAAAAGCACCAGCACGUCCUCAGCCAACUGUUGAGAUACAGAUUGUCAUUAUAGUGGUGUUUGUUCCAGCACUGUCAAACCCUCAAACUCCAGAAUUUAAAAGCCUUGCCACAAAAGUAGAGACUAUGUUUGAUGAAGUCUAUAAGAAAAAGUUUGGGCCUCGUUUCAUCAGGACCAUCGUGAUUGCUUUCAUAGCUUUUUUCAGGACCCGGGAAGAAUCAAACGUACAGGCAGAGGUUAAGUUAGUGUUUAGCGAAGAGUCCACUGAACCGAUCCCCAGCAACACCGACAUUGUGGAGACUCUAAAAGAAGCAGCGGCUAAUUCAACUGCGGGCUUCAACCUUACCCUUGAUGCCACCUCUAUUACUGUCAUUAAAUCAGUGCAGAUAAUUCCGCUGACAAUCCUCACCAACGGAAACUUUGUGGCUGCUCUUUCAAAUAAAAGUUCUACUGAAUUUCAGAACAGGGCUUUGUUGAUAAAAACAGGGCUUGAACCUUUUUUCCUGGCUGAUUACCCUACAUCAUUCAGCACCAUAUCCGUAACAAACUUCAGUGAUGCUGGUGUAAAAUUAAGGAGUGUGCCCAAGAUCCAAAACAGCAUGGAUGUUGUAUUCGGAGCGGACGCCGUUCUACCCAAUAGCACCCAGAUAGUGAACACUGUAGUUCGAGCAGCCAGAAACAACACGCUACCCUUCCAGAUCUUCACUUCUUCAAUUAUAAUAAAUGGAACAGAAUUUUCAUCAGGUGAAGUCAGCAGCAGGAUCAGUAUGUUGACCGCUUCGUUCCUGGUUGCGGUGUCACUUCUGGUUCCAUGGUUUAUCUGACCUUAACCACUCAUACCAAGAUAACUGAUUCAGACGGGUCUGAAUCUUGCCUUUCACGUCUGAUCAAAUUAAGGACUCAACUUAAGGAUAAAUGUAGCUACUGAUGCUACUUAAUGAGUAGUAAUGAAAGUAAAAAAUUAAAUAAUUAUAUUCUGAGCACUUUAAACUAGAUCUAAGCUAUAGUGGAUUUAUAGUGGAUCUGUAUGUACCUGUAUCUGUAUGUAAACAAUCAGUAUUGUAUAAAGCACUAUAUAAAUAAAGGCAAAUAUAAAUGUAUAUAAA